AUGUCUGAGUCAGAAGCUGUCGCCUCUGAGCAGGAUGCUGUUGUUACACUAGAAGAAAAACCUUCAGAGGAAACAGAGGAGACUUGUGUGAGAGUUUUCUACACCACGAGGGAAAACAACAACAACAACAAGCAGGCAGCAGAGAGUGACUCGGCCCUGCAGCCUCUGCUGCAGCACCAACACCCGGAGAAUCACACAGCAGCAGACACACACACACAGACAGACGGAGCUGCUGACGGAGCUGCUGACGGAGCUGACGGAGCUCCAUCUGCUCCUCCAGAGCUGCAGGAGUCAGCUGCAUGCUGCAGAGGGAGUACCAGGAGUCUGUGCAGCAGCAGCAGCAGAGCCGAGUGUCCCAUCUGCAGCGAGCUCUUCCAGUCUGACGGAGACCACCGAGUCCUCCUCCUGAACUGUGACCACGCGCUCUGUCACCGCUGCACCGCCGCCAUCCUGCGGCGGGCCCGGGACCGGAGCCGGCUGCAGUGCCCCUUCUGCAGGCAGACCACCCCGCUGCCCCGCUGGGAGGUCCGGAGGCUGCAGGAGGAGUCCUACACUAACAGUGUUUAUGAUGCUGCUCCUCCUCCUCCGCUGCUCCUCUUCACUCCUGCUCCUCCUGAGCUGCAGGAGGUCCCUGCUCCUCUGUGGAGGACAUGUGUCCCCUGCAGCAGAGAGCCGUCUUGUGUCCUCAGAGGACUGAGACUGAUGCGUCCUCACUCGCUCUGUUUGUCCAUCGCUGCCCUCCUGCUGCUCCUCCUGCUGCUCCUCGGCUGCUUCCUCUACAUGGUGGUUCCUCUCAUCAUGCUCUCCAUACUCUUCAGCAGCGGCUGA